AUGCAAGGCUCUACGAUCUUUCUGGCCGUCGCGUCAUGGGCGAGCCAGGUUGCUGCAACUGCGCAGCCCAUGCAAGAGCACGAGCCCGCUUUUCUCCACGGGCCUCAAGCUAAAGAAUCGUUCUCAGCGCCUUUCUACCCAUCGCCAUGGAUGAAUCCUCACGCUGAGGGCUGGGAAGCCGCAUAUCAGAAAGCCCAUGAUUUUGUCUCGCAGCUCACCGUCUUGGAGAAAAUCAACCUGACAACGGGUGUUGGCUGGGAAAAUGGACCAUGUGUAGGAAACACGGGAUCAAUUCCUCGUCUAGGAUUCAAGGGCUUUUGCGCCCAGGAUUCACCACAAGGUGUUCGGUUCGCGGAUUAUGCCUCCGCUUUCACGUCUAGCCAGAUGGCUGCCGCCACAUUUGAUCGCUCAAUUCUUUACCAACGAGGCCGUGCCAUGGCACAGGAACACAAGGGCAAGGGUGUCACCGUUCAAUUGGGCCCGGUUGCCGGUCCCCUUGGUCGCAGUCCCGAGGGCGGGCGUAACUGGGAAGGGUUUUCCCCAGAUCCAGUCUUGACCGGUAUUGCCAUGGCCGAGACUAUCAAGGGCAUGCAGGAUACCGGAGUAAUUGCUUGUGCUAAGCAUUAUAUUGGAAACGAGCAGGAGCAUUUCCGUCAAGUUGGUGAAUCUGCAGGUCACGGAUACACUAUCUCCGAUACUAUCUCAUCUAAUAUCGACGACCGUGCCAUGCAUGAGUUAUACUUGUGGCCAUUUGCUGAUGCCGUCCGCGCUGGUGUGGGUUCUUUCAUGUGCUCUUACUCUCAGAUCAACAACUCCUACGGAUGCCAGAACAGUCAGACUCUCAACAAGCUUUUAAAGAGCGAAUUGGGCUUCCAAGGUUUUGUCAUGAGCGAUUGGGGUGCCCACCACUCUGGAGUGUCGUCAGCCCUGGCUGGACUUGACAUGAGUAUGCCGGGUGACACUGGGUUUGAUUCCGGCUUGAGCUUCUGGGGCUCUAAUCUCACUAUCGCAAUUCUGAACGGCACAGUCCCCGAAUGGCGCCUGGAUGACAUGGCGAUGCGUAUCAUGGCUGCGUACUUUAAAGUUGGCCUCAAAAUUGAGGAUCAACCAGAUGUCAAUUUCAAUGCCUGGACCCAUGACACCUACGGGUUUAAAUACGCCUAUGGCAAGGAAGAUUACGAGCAGGUUAACUGGCACGUUGAUGUCCGUAGCGACCAUAAUAAGCUCAUUCGUGAGACUGCCGCGAAGGGUACAGUUCUACUAAAGAAUAACUUUGGCACUCUUCCUCUGAAGCAGCCCAAGUUUGUUGCUGUCAUUGGUGAGGAUGCCGGGCCGAACCCCAAGGGUCCUAAUGGCUGCGCAGACCGCGGAUGUGACCAAGGCACUCUCGCAAUGGGAUGGGGAUCUGGGUCUACCGAGUUCCCUUACCUGGUCACUCCUGACUCUGCUAUUCAGUCCAAGGUCCUCGAAUACGGUGGUCGUUACGAGAGCAUCUUUGACAACUAUGACGACAAUGCUAUUUCCUCCCUUGUCUCGCAGCCUGAGGCAACCUGCAUCGUCUUUGCAAAUGCCGACUCUGGUGAAGGCUACAUCACUGUCGACAAUAAUUGGGGUGACCGUAACAAUUUGACACUCUGGCAAAACGCCGAUCAAGUGAUUAGCACUGUCAGCUCGCUGUGCAACAACACUAUCGUUGUCCUUCACUCUGUCGGACCAGUGCUGCUGAAUGAUCUAUAUGAGCACCCGAAUAUCACAGCUAUUGUCUGGGCAGGCAUGCCAGGUGAAGAAUCCGGUAAUGCCCUAGUGGACAUUCUCUGGGGCGAGGUCAACCCUGCCGGUCGCACUCCGUUCACCUGGGCUAAAAGUCGAGAGGACUAUGGCACAGAUAUCAUGUACGAGCCCAACAACGGACAGAGAGCACCCCAACAGGAUUUCACCGAGGGGAUCUACCUUGACUAUCGCCAUUUCGACAAAGCUGGGAUCGAGCCAAUUUACGAGUUUGGAUAUGGCCUUUCCUAUACCACCUUCCAAUACUCCGAUCUCCGUGUUGUCAAGAAGCAUGCUCGACCAUACAGUCCCACGACCGGUGCCACUGCUCAAGCACCUUCCGUCGGACAGCCACCAAGCCAAGAUCUGAAUGCCUACGAGUUCCCUUCUACAUUCAAGUACAUCAAGGCCUUCAUUUACCCCUACCUCAACAGCACAGUCUCUCUCCGCGCUGCCUCCAAGGAUCCCGAAUACGGUCGUACAGACUUCAUCCCUCCCCACGCACGCGACGGAUCCCCUCAGCCUCUCAAUCCCGCCGGAGACCAGGUGGCCAGUGGUGGCAACAACAUGCUCUACGACGAACUAUACGAGGUCACCGCAAAGAUCACAAACACUGGCAAAGUGGCCGGCGACGAAGUCGUCCAACUUUACGUGGAUCUCGGGGGUGACAACCCGCCUCGCCAGUUGAGAAACUUUGACAGGAUUCAUCUGCUCCCUGGUCAGAGCGCAACAUUCCGUGCUACCUUGACGCGUCGUGAUUUGAGCAACUGGGAUGUCAAGGCGCAAAACUGGCGGGUUACGAAAUCGCCCAAGAGAGUGUAUGUUGGACGGUCGAGUCGGGAUUUGCCGCUGAGUUCACAUUUGCAGUGA